ACUUGCCACGGAUCUGAGGACACUGGGAAGAGAAAGAGACAAAGGAGCCUGUCUGAAUGAACGUGCUGCUGACUUUGGGGGAGAGGAAGGAGUCAAGCGAGGGGGCAAAAGUGAUGGCUGCGAUGGAAGGGGUGUGAAAACUGAAAUACCUCAGUCUUGCUGGGAGUAAUCGCCCUGGCCACACAUGGUUUGCUGCUCAGCCCUUUUGCUGGACUGACUUCCUCAAGUUGCAUUCUCCACUUCAACAAUGGAUAACUUCUUCACUGAGGGAUCACGAGUCUGGUUGCGAGAAAAUGGUCAGCAUUAUCCAAGCACUGUACGUUCCUGCGCAGAGGGAGUUGUUGUUUUCAGGACAGAUUAUGGUCAGGUAUUCACUUACAAACAGAGUACAAUCACGCACCAAAAAGUAACGGCUAUGCAUCAAACAAGUGUGGAGAGUGUGGAAGACAUGGCAGCGCUCGUAGACCUCCAUGAGGGCUCCAUCAUGCACAACUUAUUCCAGCGAUAUCAGCAAAAUAAAAUCUAUACCUAUAUCGGCUCCAUUGUUGCCUCUGUGAACCCCUACAAGACCAUUCCGGGACUCUAUGGCCGCACUGCAGUAGAGCAAUACAGCAAGCACCACAUGGGGGAAAUUCCACCUCAUAUCUUUGCUGUCGCUAACGAGUGCUACCGCUGCCUAUGGAAACGUCAUGACAACCAGUGUGUUCUCAUCAGUGGUGAAAGUGGUGCUGGUAAGACAGAAAGUACUAAGCUGAUUCUCAAGUUCUUAUCUGCCAUGAGCCAACAUUCGCUGGAAUUGUCCUGUAAGGAAAAGACCUCCUGUGUGGAGCAAGCUAUUCUUGAGAGCAGCCCAAUUAUGGAAGCUUUUGGCAACGCGAAGACUGUUUACAACAACAACUCGAGUCGCUUUGGGAAGUUUGUUCAGCUGAACAUCUGUCAGAAGGGAAACAUCCAGGGAGGAAGAAUUGUAGAUUAUUUAUUAGAAAAAAACCGUGUAGUAAGGCAGAACCCUGGGGAGAGAAAUUAUCACAUAUUCUAUGCACUGCUGGCAGGGAUAGAAGAGGAAGAGAAAGAUGCAUUUUACUUAUCUGUACCAGAGCACUACCACUACCUGAAUCAGUCCGGAUGUGUAGCAGAUAAGACAAUCAAUGACACAGACUCCUUCAAGGAAGUCAUUACUGCAAUGGAAGUGAUGCAGUUCAGCAAGGAGGAGGUGCGAGAAGUUCUUAGGCUGCUAGCUGGAAUUCUGCAUCUAGGGAACAUUGAGUUUAUCACUGCUGGUGGGGCACAGGUGUCCUUCAAAACAGCUCUGGGCAGAUCUGCAGAGUUACUUGGGCUGGACUCAACACAACUGACUGAAGCAUUGACACAGAGAUCAAUGAUACUCAGGGGAGAAGAAAUCUUAACACCUCUCAGUGUACAACAGGCAGUAGAUAGCAGAGAUUCUGUGGCUAUGGCACUUUACUCCCAGUGUUUUGCAUGGGUUAUUAAAAAAAUCAACAGCAGAAUCAGAGGCAAAGAAGAUUUCAAGUCCAUCGGAAUUCUUGAUAUAUUUGGAUUUGAAAACUUUGAGGUUAAUCGUUUUGAGCAGUUCAAUAUUAACUAUGCAAAUGAAAAGCUUCAGGAAUAUUUCAACAAGCACAUUUUUUCCUUGGAGCAACUGGAAUAUAGCAGAGAAGGACUAGUUUGGAAAGAUAUUGACUGGACAGACAAUGGAGAGUGCCUGGACCUGAUUGAAAAGAAACUUGGCCUGCUAGCACUAAUCAAUGAAGAGAGUCAUUUUCCUCAAGCGACUGACUGCACCUUGUUGGAGAAGUUACACUCCCAACACGCGAACAAUUCCUUUUAUGUGAAACCAAGAGUUGCUGUUCACAACUUUGGAGUGAAACAUUACGCUGGGGAGGUCCAGUAUGACGUCAGGGGAAUCUUAGAGAAAAACAGAGAUACUUUCAGAGAUGAUCUCCUAAACUUGUUACGUGAAAGCAGACUUGAUUUUAUCUAUGAUCUGUUUGAACACGUUUCAAGUCGGAACAACCAAGACACCCUUAAAUGUGGAAGCAAACACCGGAAACCCACUGUCAGCUUACAGUUCAAGGACUCGCUGCAUUCCUUAAUGGCAACUUUAAGUUCCUCUAAUCCUUUCUUCGUUCGAUGUAUCAAGCCAAAUACGCAGAAGAUGCCAGACCAAUUUGAUCAGGCCGUGGUGCUUAACCAGCUACAUUAUUCUGGGAUGCUGGAGACAGUGAGGAUACGAAGGGCUGGCUUUCCAGUGAGAAGGCAAUUUCAAGAUUUUUAUAAAAGGUAUAAAGUCCUAAUGAGAAACUUGACUGUGCCUGAAGAUUUAAAAGGGAAGUGUGCCGUCCUCCUUCGUCGGUAUGACAGUACUAGCACUGAAUGGCAGCUUGGAAAAAAUAAGGUCUUUCUUCGGGAGUCCUUGGAAAACAAGUUGGAGAAGCAGAGAGAGGUAGAAGUCACCAAGGCAGCCAUGAUUAUCCGAGCACAUGUCUUAGGCUAUGUGGCACGAAAGCAUUAUAAAAAGGUGCUGUACUACGUGGUUGUGAUACAGAAGAACUACAGGGCAUUCCUUCAAAGAAGAAAGUUCCUUCACCUGAGGAAAGCAGCCAUAACCUUCCAGAAGCAGAUGCGAGGCCAGAUUGCUCGACGUGUUUACAGACAGCUACUAGAGGAGAAACGGCGACAAGAGGAGGAGAGGAGGCGGAAAGAAGAGGAGGAAAGGGAAAGGCAAAGGCAAGAAGCAGAACGUCUUGCCCAGCAGGCUGAAGAGGAGAGGAAGCAGCAGGAACUGGCAGCCAUUCAGAAAGCCCAGAAGGAAUUAGAGCUGAAGCAGGAGCUGGAGAAGCAGAAAGAAAACAAACAGGUGGAAGAGAUCCUGCGCCUGGAGAAAGAGAUUGAAGACUUGCAACGCAUGAAGGAGCAGCAAGAGCUGUCCUUGACAGAGGCUUCCUUGCAGAGGCUGCAGCAGCUCCGAGACGAAGAACUCAAACGGCUCGAGGAUGAGGCAUGCCGAGCAGCUCAAGAAUUCCUGGAGUCUCUGAACUUCGAUGAGAUUGAUGAAUGUGUCCGAAACAUCGAGAGGUCACUUUCUGUGGGCAGUGGUUAUUCUGCCAAGCUCAGUGAACUGACUGGGAAUGCAUGCAGUGAAAAGCCCAACUUUAACUUCAGCCAGCCGUACCCUGAGGAGGAGGUGGACGAAGGCUUUGAAGCUGAUGAUGAUGCGUUUAAGGAUUCACCCAAUCCAAGCGAGCAUGGCCAUUCAGAUCAGAGGACGAGUGGCAUUAGAACAAGUGAUGACUCUUCAGAAGAGGAUCCUUAUAUGAAUGACACAGUAGUGCCCACAAGUCCUGCUGCUAGCAACACCAUGCUUAUUGCUUCCGGCCACGACUCUCUCAGUCUCCACAACUCUUCGAGUGGUGAAUCCACAUACUGCAUGCCAGAAAAUGUGUCCUGCAGACCCCAGAAUUCUGAGGAACUGAUUUCUCCUGAUGGGGACUAUGAUUAUGAUCAAGAUGACUAUGAAGAUGGUGCCAUCACUUCUGGCAGCAGCGUGACUUUUUCUAAUUCUCACAGUAGCCAGUGGUCUCCUGAUUACCGCUGCUCAGUGGGGACGUACAACAGUUCUGGAGCAUACAGGUUCAGCUCUGAAGGAGCCCAGUCAUCUUUUGAAGACAGUGAAGAAGACUUUGACUCCAGGUUUGAUACAGAUGACGAACUUUCCUAUCGGAGGGAUUCGGUCUACAGUUGUGUCAGCCUGCCCUACUUCCACAGCUUUUUAUACAUGAAAGGCGGUUUAAUGAACACAUGGAAGCGACGCUGGUGUGUCUUGAAAGACGAGACCUUUCUAUGGUUCCGUUCCAAGCAGGAAGCUCUCAAACAGGGCUGGCUGCACAAAAAGGGGGGUGGAUCAUCUACACUUUCCAGAAGGAACUGGAAGAAACGCUGGUUUGUACUCAGACAAUCCAGGCUCAUGUACUUUGAAAAUGACAGUGAAGAAAAGCUGAAGGGCACCAUUCAAAUCCGAACAGCCAGAGAGAUUGUUGAUAAUACUGGUAAAGAAAAUGGGAUUGAUAUAUUAAUGGCCGACAGGACCUACCACUUGAUUGCUGACUCUCCUGAGGAUGCUAGCCAGUGGUUCAGCGUGCUGAGUCAGGUCAAUGCUUCCACAGAACAGGAGAUCCAGGAGAUGCAUGAUGAGCAGGCAAACCCACAGAAUGCUGUGGGCACACUGGAUGUUGGACUGAUUGAUUCUGUAUGUGCUUCUGACAACCCAGAUAGACCCAAUUCAUUUGUGAUCAUCACUGCUAAUCGUGUUCUCCACUGUAAUGCUGACACCCCUGAGGAGAUGCACCACUGGAUAACACUGCUACAGAGAUCAAAGGGAGAUACCAGAGUGGAGGGGCAAGAAUUCAUAGUGAGGGGAUGGUUACACAAAGAAGUGAAAAACAGCCCGAAGAUGUCUUCACUAAAGCUGAAGAAGCGCUGGUUUGUCUUAACACACAAUUCUUUGGACUACUACAAGAGCUCAGAGAAGAAUGCCCUGAAAUUGGGUACCCUAGUCCUGAAUAGCCUCUGCUCGGUGGUACCGCCUGAUGAGAAAAUCUUCAAAGAGACAGGCUACUGGAAUGUAACUGUGUAUGGACGCAAGCACUGCUACCGUCUCUAUACAAAAUUGCUCAAUGAGGCCACCCGCUGGUCAAGUGCCAUCCAGAAUGUGACUGACACAAAAGCACCGAUUGAUACACCAACCCAGCAGCUUAUUCAGGAUAUUAAGGAGAACUGCCUGAACUCUGAGGUUGUUGAACAGAUUUAUAAGAGAAACCCUAUUCUCCGUUACACGCAUCAUCCACUGCACUCCCCAUUACUGCCGUUGCCAUAUGGGGACAUCAAUCUAAACCUGCUGAAAGAUAAAGGCUAUACAACUCUCCAGGAUGAAGCCAUCAAGAUAUUUAAUUCUCUGCAGCAGCUAGAGUCUAUGUCUGAUCCCAUACCUAUAAUCCAGGGUAUCCUUCAGACAGGGCAUGAUUUACGACCCCUUCGAGAUGAGCUCUACUGUCAGCUCAUCAAACAGACUAACAAAGUGCCUAACCCAGGGAGUGUGGGGAAUCUGUAUAGCUGGCAGAUACUCACAUGCAUGAGUUGCACAUUCCUGCCUAGCCGUGGUAUCCUCAAGUAUCUGAAGUUCCAUCUCAAAAGGGCCCGUGACCAGUUUCCAGGAACGGAAAUGGAAAAGUAUGCCCUCUUCACUUACGAAUCUCUCAAAAAAACCAAAUGCAGAGAAUUUGUGCCGUCGCGGGAUGAAAUAGAAGCCCUGAUCAGAAGACAAGAAAUGACAUCUACAGUUUAUUGCCAUGGUGGUGGCUCCUGUAAAAUCACAAUCAACUCCCAUACCACAGCUGGAGAGGUUGUUGAAAAGUUAAUUCGAGGCUUAGCCAUGGAGGAUAGCAGAAAUAUGUUUGCCUUGUUUGAAUACAAUGGAACUACUGAUAAAGCAAUUGAAAGCAGGACCAUUGUGGCUGAUAUCUUGGCAAAGUUUGAAAAGCUUGCUGCCACUUCAGAAGCUGGGGACAUGCCAUGGAAGUUCUACUUCAAGCUUUACUGCUUCCUGGACACACAAAAUGUGCCGAAAGACAGUGUGGAAUUCGCAUUUAUGUUUGAGCAGGCUCAUGAAGCAGUGAUUAAAGGACACUACCCUGCUCCUGAAGAAACCCUCCAGGUCCUUGCUGCCUUGCGACUCCAAUAUCUACAAGGAGACUACAGUCUGCAUACCACGAUACCAGAAAUAGAAGAAGUCUAUCCCUUACAAAGGCUGAAGUCUCGUAUUACACAGUCUACUAAAAUGUUUACCCCCGCAGAGAGGAUUGAGCGGAAGCGAGCCAGCUUUCUUGAAGGAACGCUGAGGAGGAGUUUCCGCAGUGGCUCCAUCAGCAAACAGAAGAUGGAGGAGGAGCAGAUGCUGGAUAUGUGGAUCAAAGAGGAAGUCUCAGCUGCAAGGACUAGUGUUAUCGACAAGUGGAAAAAACUGCAGGGAAUGAACCAGGAACAAGCUAUGGCCAAGUACAUGUAUUUGAUUAAGGAGUGGCCUGGCUAUGGGUCAGCACUCUUUGAUGUGGAGUGUAAAGAAGGGGGCUUCCCACAAGAACUCUGGUUGGGAGUCAGUGCUGAUGCAGUUUCUGUCUACAAGCGUGGGGAAGGCAGGCCUUUAGAAGUGUUCCAGUAUGAACAUAUCUUGUCCUUUGGGGCACCACUUGCCAACACCUACAAGAUUGUGGUGGAUGAGAGAGAACUGCUUUUUGAGACCAGUAAGGUGGUUGACAUCGCAAAACUGAUGAAAGCUUAUAUCAGUAUGAUUGUGAAAAAACGUUACAGCACCUCUCGAUCAGUGAGUAGCCAUGGGAGUCAAAGCAGCUCCAGGUGAAAACAGAACCAGUCUCACUGUGCCAUUACUAUCAAAACAUAUCACUGCUGGCCUGGAAAUACUGAUCAAAUUUGUCAACGAGCUACCCAAGAAACAGAAUUUGGGGGAAAUCUUCAAUCAAAGUUUUUUUUUUUUUUUGAGGAGGCCUUUGUAAAAUAUCAACUUAAAUAGUCAUAUACUAAAAACAGUUGGCUAACAUUCUUCAAAAUUUCCAAAGCUUUAUUACCUUUAGUUGACAUACUGUAUGCCUUAAUACACUGCCAUCCAAGCAGUAAGAAGUGCCUUAAGACAUUAAAACCAACUUGCAUUUACAUAAAUCGUGGUGUUGAGCGGGAUGUGCUUUUUCUCCCUCUUCAGAAUACGAAGAAAAGAUGGAAGAGGAAUUAAUUGAUCCAUAAUGCACUAACCUACUGGCCUGAUCCAUGUGUGGGGGAGAAAGUAUUUUUGUUGGAAUGCUGCUGGCAGCCUUCCUUAUGGACUUAGUUAACUGUGUGUUUUGUUUUCCCCUUGUUUUCAUGGAUGCAUGCUUGUGUGUGCAUGCAUAUGACCUGUGUAGACUCUAAUUUUAUUCCAUAUUUCACAAGCAUUUAAAGCAAAGGGAAUAAUGAUGUGCAAUGGUGUAAACAGUCUUUCUGUACAUUUUAAUAGUCCAGAGAGUUAUAGUUGUUUCAAUUUUACAAUUACUUUUAUAAGCCAGUUUUAUUAACAAAUCAAAAUCUGGGAUUUUCAUAUCUUUUUAAUUUACUAUUACAAAUGCAUUUUACCACGUAUGUAGCAAGUCUGCAUUCUGUAUGUGCUGUAUUAUAAAUAGAUAUGUAGCUGAAAAACUAUUUAUAAACUGCUCUAAUAAGGAAAUGCAGUUAUCCGUACAAUAUUCUUUUAUUUGUUUCAAUUAAAAAUUUUAAAUAUUACACAUACUUUUAAAGAUGCUAUUCUUAUAAAACUCUGAUUGGAUGCUCCAAAAUAAACCAAUCAGAAAAAGUCAGAACCCUUCAAAGUAGAAAUUAAACAGGAGAAAAAUUAUAUAUAGUUAAACUAUUGUAUUGUAUUGUAUUGUUAUAAAUGCCUCUCAAUAUUUUACCCUGCUGCCUAAUGAUGGUUCUUGACAAAACACCUGUAAAUAAGUCAGUGCUAUCAGCCAAUAGUAAAGCUGAUUUGGGACUUUUAUUUUUAUAUGGAAAAGCUGUAAUAUAAGGUAAAACUUGAAUUGAUGUCUUUUGUCCAUUGCAAUAAGCAAACAUGUAUUAGCCCUUAUUGAUGACCUCAGCCUUUAAGAAAUAUUGAUUAUUUGCUCAAAGAAAGUC